GGCUUGGUCGUCACAGUUGUAAGUGCAGAUCUGCUGCUUGCUCUGAGACCAAAUCUGGACAGACUGUGAAUCAACACCUUUCAACUCUUCACCUGAAAGAUGAUCCAGUUGAGACUGGUGGCACUGGCUGCACUGCUCUGCUCUCUUCCCAGUGCUGAUGGAGGGAAAGUCCUGGUUGUCCCUGUGGAUGGGAGCCACUGGGUCAACAUGAAGGUCCUCAUCCAGGAGCUGCACUCUAGAGGUCACGAGAUCACAGUGAUCCGGCCCAGAAACAGCUGGUUCAUCAAAGCAGAGUCCCAUCUCUACCAGUCAAUCGACCUUGGUGAUGUUACUGAACAUGAUGCGAGCUUCUUUGAUCAUUUCAUGACAAGAAUGCUACAAUACCGACGGGACUUUCACAUUUCAACUACUGCAUUUUUCAAAGCUGGAGAGGAGACUAUGAAAAUGUUGUAUGAUGCUCACAAAGCUAUGGUUGAUCUAAUGGAAGAGAUAUUUGAGGAUGUUAAACUGAUGCAGUCCUUGCAGGAGGCCAAGUACGAUGUUGUUCUGACUGACCCCUGCUUCGGUGGAGGGGUUCUUCUGGCUCAUCGGUUGGGUGUACCUUUGGUCUUUAAUGUACGAUGGACAAUCAUGGCAGAGGGACAUGGCACAAUUGCCCCCUCUCCCCUCUCAUAUGUUCCCAUACCAGGCGCUGAACUGACUGAUAAAAUGACUUUUUGGCAAAGGGUAAAAAAUGUUGUCUUAGCCUUAUUUGUACUUACAAACCAGGCAAAAGUGCAUGAGUCUCUCUACACACCAUUUGUCCACCGUCAUUUUGGUCCUGAUGUCCACUAUAAUGACCUCGUUCAGGCAGCAGAUAUUUGGUUGAUGAGAACUGACUUCACCUUUGAGUUCCCUCGUCCCACCAUGCCCAACGUUGUCUACAUGAGCGGCUUUCAGUGUAAACCCUCUAAGCCGCUUCCUCAGCAUCUGGAGGACUUUGUCCAGAGCUCUGCAGACCAUGGAGUCAUUAUUAUGAGCUUGGGGACCUUGGUGGGGAGUCUUCCUGAGGAUAUAGCAGAACAUGUGGCUGCUGCUUUUGCCCAGUUACCUCAGAGGGUCAUCUGGAAGCAUGCUGGGAAGAGACCGUCCACCCUGGGCAACAACACCCUACUGCUGGACUGGCUGCCCCAAAAUGACCUCCUAGGACACCCGAAGACCAGAGUGUUUGUGGCCCACGGAGGCACCAAUGGUGUUCAAGAGGCCAUCUACCACGGAGUUCCCAUCGUUGGCCUUCCUCUGAUGUUUGACCAGGAUGAUAACCUGUUCAGGAUGAGAGUGAGGGGUGUUGCCAAAGUGAUGGACAUUGGCACGCUGAACAAAGACAACUUCCUGGAGGCGCUGAAGGCAGUGCUUUAUGAGCCGUCCUACAGGGAGAAUAUGCAGAAGCUCUCCAGGCUGCACAGAGACCAGCCCAUGAAGCCUCUGGACCGAGCCAUGUUCUGGAUCGAGUUUGUCAUGAGACACAAGGGAGCUGCUCACUUAAAGACCAACUCUUACAAGAUGUCUUGGAUUCAGUACCACUCCAUUGAUGUGAUCGCGCUGUUGCUAGUGUCGAGUGUGGUGCUGUUACUGAUUUGUAUUUUGACAGUGAAAUGUUUGUGUUGUAAAGUCUUUGGUUGGAUGAAAGAAAAACGGGACUAACACAGAUACUUAAGUUGCUUGUAGGUGCUUCUGUUGUGUUUUUUAUUGAGAAGGUGAGUUUUUGUCUAACACCAGCAGAAAAGGAAGAAUGAAAAUGGAAAUGAAAAGACUAAUGUGUGAGAUAUCAUCUGCUAUGAGUAACGUUUUGAGAUAAUUUGACUAAAUUGGUGCCGAAUGAAACAAGAGCAAGUUCAGGAGCCACAGCAGCGAUGGAUUUCAUAAAAACCCUGCACUUACAAUAUGACAAACAGAAGAGGGUUUUUGAGAAGGAUAUGUAUUAAAAGAAAAGGAGAAGGAACUUUGCGUCUACUGCUAGCUUAACUAGCACCACAGAGUUAGCUCACACAACAGGCCAGCCAAAGAGGAUGCAUGGUGAUACAGGUGAUGGCCGUAGUUCUGUAGAAAGAAAAUAGUUCCUACAUGAAACUGCUCACAACAACGUCUUUGGAUUAUCUUGAGUUAACCAAGUCAUGAUUUCUGGAAAGAGACAUUGAUGUUGAGUUUGUGUUUUUUCUGGAACUUUGAGCACCACAAGCCAAGUGCCAAUCUAGUCCCAUCAUAUUUGAGAGACGGCAAACAUAUCUACGGCCGAUACCUCCUAUGCAUAAAGCACAAAAUCUGUUUCAAUAAUAAAAAUAAACUUUACUUACAUACAAUAAAUGCAGCAUAAAAUCAAGUAAGAUUUAAAGAGUUGCAGCAGCGUGAAGCGUAAAAAGAGUUUCAGACCUGUAUCGGGACGUCAGAGCUAGUAAAAGGCUAAAGUGAACAGAUAUGUUUUUAGCUUUCUUUUAAAAAUAUUUAGCGAGCUAGCUUCCCUGAUAUCAAUAGGUAGUGUGCUCCGUAGCUUUGGGGCGUCACUGGCAAAGGCUGCUUCCCUGAUCUUCUUCUGGCUGUUUCUGAGAACUUCCAAUAAACCAGCAGCAGAUGAUAACAGUGUUCUUAGAGGCAAAUAGUUAACAACGAAGUUAGCAUUGUAGCUCAGUCCCAGCCCAUGUAGGGCUUUGUAUACAAGGAGGAGCUUAAAAUCAAUUCUAAUUGUAACAGGAAGUCAGUGCAGAGCAGCUCAGACUGGCCUGAUGUGCUCUCUCCUCUUGCUUCUGGUUCAUAGCUGAGCUGCAGAGUUCUGAGUGAGCAAGUCGGCUUGAAAUAAAGGCAUGAAUCAGUUCCUCUGCAUCUUAUUCAUUCAGAAAUGGUUGUACCUUCGUUGUGCUUCUGAGGUGGAAAAAUUAUGUUUUCAUCACCUUGUUAAUGUGGGACAAUAAAAUAUUUACCAAAAGAGAGUUGGCUGUAGGCUUCCAGUCCUGGCAACUGACAUGGCGACUGCACAUCAGUGAAGCGGUGACCUGCCCAAACCCAAUUCCACC